GUAACAGCAAAACAGAACAUAAACAACUUUUAUAAGGAAAACCCAAUUGACAGAAAAAAAAAGGAAAGCCCAUAUAAUCUUAUUUAAACGCAAAAAACAGUGCGUUUCCGACAUAGACGGUUUACCUGCAGAUAAAGAUACGAAACCCUAAGAUUUAUUAGUUUCUCCUUACAGUUUUAGAUUUACAUCGAGAGAAGGUGCAACAAGCGGCGCACGCAUACGAAUUCAAAAAAGAAGAAGAAGGACAAUGACGAUCGAUUCGAAUCAGAAAACGAGCAAGUUCCGAUGGGGAGAGAUGGACGAAGACGAAAACGACGACCUCGGUUUCCUCCUCCCUCCCAAGCAGGUGAUCGGCCCCGACGAGAACGGACUAAAGACGGUGAUCGAGUACAAGUUCAACGACCAAGGCAACAAGGUCAAGAUCACCACCAAGUCGCGCGUCCGCAAGCUAGCUUCCGCGAGGCUCAACAAACGCGCCGUGGAGCGGAGGAGCUGGCCUAAGUUCGGAGACGCCGCGAACGAGGACGCCAGUAACCAUCAUCUCACCAUGGUUUCUACCGAAGAGAUUGCCUUGGAACGACCUAGGCCUCCUGGUACCAAAGCAGAAGAAUCCAAGGGAGAUAGCUUGUCUCAGCUGAACAAUCAGAGUGCAGUCCUCAUGGUCUGCAGGAUAUGCAAGAAGAAAGGAGAUCACUGGACAUCGAAGUGCCCUUACAAGGAUCUAGCCGAACCAACCGAUGUGUUCGUGGACAAGCCACCCACUAGGGAGACAUCCGCAUCAUCAGGCAAGCCCGCUUAUGUCCCGCCUAGCAUGAGACAAGGUGCGGAUAAAAGCGCUAGUGGUUCGGACAUGAGGAGGAGGAACGAUGAGAACUCUGUUCGUGUGACCAACUUGUCUGAAGACACCCGUGAACCGGAUCUGAUGGAGCUGUUCCAUCCGUUUGGAGCUGUCACGCGUGCCUAUGUGGCGAUUGAUCAGAAAACUGGAGUGAGCAGAGGGUUUGGUUUCGUCAAUUUCGUGAGCAGAGAAGACGCUCAGAGAGCAAUCAACAAACUGAAUGGUUAUGGUUAUGAUAACCUCAUCCUCAGGGUUGAGUGGGCUACUCCAAGACCCACCCAGUAAAUCUCUUUUUUGUGGUUUUGUUUGGUUUUUAUAUCGAAUUAGAUGAGAAGAUGUGUUAUAUUUAUCUUUUUGAUACAUAGGUUUUAACUUUUAAGCAAUC